AUGUUUGUCGAGAGUGGCUUCUGCUCGUUCAAGGGCGUCUGCAUCGCGAGAUCACCUGGGAUUCGGACUGGAAACCCUUUGCCCCACGACAAGCGCUGGAUGGCCUACUUGGCGCAGAGCGCCUUGUCAUCAGGAGUAUCUUCCUCCCAAUUGGCGCUCGACGAUCGAUACAAAGGGGCAACCCUGGCAGGAUUCAAUCAGCCCCUCCGCGACUUUGUGCUCCAGAUCGCCUACAACUUUAGUGACGAGCUGAAGAAUACUCUACCGUUCCCGCCUUCCUUAACGAGUCUGACGAUCGACCAUAUGACCAGGUUUGCGGGUGCAUGGAUGAACGAAGGAGAAGCACCUCUUCCGCAUCGAGUUCCACUUCGGUCUCUGGUCAUUCAGCGCUUCGACACAAGUCAAUCAACGAUGGAGAAGAUUUUGACGAUGACUCCCAAGCUUGAGGAUCUCCAACUCGCCGCUAUGCUAAGGAACCGUAAUGGCUCUAGCUGGGACUGGAAACGAUUUUCCAAACAUAUCCAGUCGCUCUCCCUCCAACUAAAGCGGUUCCACUUUUCGAUGUCCCAAGAGGUACUGCCCGAUGACGAGCUGCAGGAGGCGACCUUUUCGAUAUGUCCCUAUUCCAGAGAUCGAACCUUUUCGCACUACGACCUCACUCCGACUGUUGUCCGUAGGCUGACGGAGUUGCCGUUCUUCUUGACCAGUCUGGAGAUUCUCCCGUCACCAAAUCACCUUUGUCACCCACUGGGCUGGAGACUGAACGAACGCGUCAUGGAUUCAGUGUAUUCGGCUCGACCUUUGCAUCAACUUCUGUGCGAAUGCCCUAGUCUACGUCAUCUCAAGACCCUCAGGAUGACCUACAUACUGGAUUUCAUGGACAUUCACCGCCGUCUCGAGAUGUAUACCCCAGGUGAAGAGGAAGGAGGAGGUCAACCAACUGUAGCGUUAGCGAGCGUAACCCCCGGGAUCUGGAUCUGUCGAGACCUGACAACUCUGGAGGUGGACAUUCAUUUCCACAGGGAGGGCAUGCAAAGAGGAGCAUAUCUACCGCGGAUUGUCUAUGGCUAUAUCUCCAGGGUCUGCCCGCGCUUACAGGAUCUCCGAAUCACGUUCCCAUUCUCUUGCAACAUCCACAUCCAUUCCCAGAAUGGCCGAGAGAACCCCUAUGUUCUAGAGGCAGGAUUGUGUUUACUUUCGCGGCUUGUUUAUCUGGAGCGCCUCUGUGUACAUUACCAGACGGUGAUGUGCAAGGUUUGGGAGCUGAAUUGGCUGUGUCGAUCAGGAAGGACAGUCGAGGACAGGAAUGAGAGGCGACGGACUGUUGAGAGAUGGACAACUCUGCUGGAACUGGAAGCUGUUAAGGAAGGGGCACGAUUUAAGACUGGUACUGGAACCAACUACGUACAGGGGGCAGCAGCAGCAGCAGCAGCAGCAGCAGCAGCAGCAGCAGCAGCAGCCAGAGGUCAGGAUGUAGAGUUGAUGACUGGACUGCAGAAGUUGGGUCUGCUUCAGGACGUGAGGGAUAUGGUGUUGGAGAUGGAUGGAGACGACUUUGUGUGCCUUCCUGAGCUGUACCAGCUUGCUGUGGGACGACAUCAUUUGGAGCAAACUCCUGAGAAGGAAAUGAGGAUACCAUUAACGACCACCAGCGCCAGUAUCCAGACAACUCUCUCACCUCUGGAUAUACCCGAGAUCCUUGAACAUAUCUUUUCAUACCUCGAUGACUCUACUCUCCGCCGCUCAAUCGCCCCUGUCUGUCGACAGUGGUUCCUCCUCAGCCAGAACCGCCUCGUCCGCGACAUCACCUGGCACCAAUCCUUGGGGUCAUUCAGGAAACGGAGGUUGCUGCGCAAGUUACCUGGAGCCGGUCGGUUUUAUUACUGUCAACUAUUCACACCAACGGCCCAGACUGAGCGCAAACACCCGUUCGACAAGGAUGCCAUGCACGCUCUGGACCGUCUCGAGUCCGCGUACCGACAGAAGCAACUUGAAAGGGAGCAGCAGCAGAGGCACAGGAGUCAAGGCAACACAGUCGUCAAUAACAACAACAACAGGAAACGUCAUCCGACAUUGACAAGCACGACUCUUUACGACGCUACUUCGCCUCUCAGAGAGAUGAACCUGUAUAUUGCGUAUGCCAGGCUCAGUUGCCUCGAAACUUUCACUUACCCUUCCUCCCUCACCAGACUGACGAUUGCAGUGGGCUACUCCUAUUAUACGCAUUUCGAUCUCGGCAAAGUCCUGCGGGUUUGUCCAUUGUUGGAGCAUUUCCGUGCAGAGGGAUAUGGAUCGGUUGUCCGAUGGUCCCAGUUUGUACUUUCGACUUCGAACAUGGUACACCAGCGGCAGAAGAAGCAGCAGCAGCCAUUUCGACUUUGCUCUUUGGUCCUUGUCAAUGUGUAUCUUCCACAGGAUGAUCUUGAGUUCCUUUUGCGGUCCACACCAAAACUCAGCGAGCUCAAGUUAGUGGCAAACAUGUGGCUCGACGACAAAAAGUACGAUUGGACUCGACUCUUUGCAUCUCUCAAGGUGAACAAUAUCACCCUCGAUAAGGCACACUUUUCGACAUUGGGGAACAAGAUGUCGGCCAAGGAGAUUGAGUCGCUCUGGGCAGAUGUGUGUCCUCGCUCGUCGUCGGAACGAUCCCUCUGGGCGCUGGAUGUGACACCACAGCUCCUCCACACGGUGUUUUUACAGCAAGACAUCCUCACGACUUUGGAGGUGUUUUGGAUGCCGGACAAGUAUCUUCCUUCCAGAACUAACUGCGAAGGGUCCCUUGGUGGCGCCCAUGAACUCAUUCACCAGUACCUCUGCGAUUCGCCUUAUCUCGCCCAUCUCACGACCCUCAAGACGGUGAUACGACUGAAGGAACUGGACCUCUUUGAUCGAGGAAGGUACAUCAACCUGGGCAGAGCAUAUGAUGCCAUUGAACCGGACAAAGGGAGGUACUUUUCAAUAACUACUCCUGGCCCUACUAUACCUCCACGGAUCUGGCGCUGCCGCGGCCUCCGCACCCUUCACGUCAUCGUCCAUCUCCCAGACCCAUUUCAGCCUGUCUUCAGUCGGAUCCUAUUCGGGUACGUCGCCCGUGUCUGUCCUGCGGUUGAGGAUCUCCAGAUCUGUGUCCCACGGGCAUGUCACUACAUCAACAUGGGUGGCCGUCUUUCGGGAUUACAUUCUCCAGAGCCCCUUUUGCGACUGGAUGGCGGGUUUUGUCUCCUUGGUCGAUUAGAGUUUUUGCAGUGGCUGAGGAUUUUUCGGGAUUUGGGCUACAGGACGUCGUCGUGUGAGGAUUGGGAGCUGGACUGGAUCGUGACUUCGAGGAAUGGAGGGAAGGGAAGGAAGAUAGCUCAGUCUAGAAGGAAGAGGCAGGAGGAGGUUGAGAGUUGGAAGCUAUGGCUGGCGAAUGAGGAGCGAGUCGAGGCUGCUAGAUGUCAUGCUCGACAGCAACUUUCGGAAAACGGGAUCGACAGCAGCAGCAGUGGCAGCGGCAGUGGUACCUCUGUGAAGGACAAGGAGGUAUUGUCCCAGUUGAGAAACCUGGGGCUGUUGCUGGACGUGGAGGAGAUGGCGAGGGAAUUGGAUGAGAAGGAGGUUCGACUGAUGCCGUCUCUUGAGAGGUUGUCGUUCAAUUACCCGACUCUGCUGCGACCUGAGGAAGAACUUGAGCAGCUGUUUUCUAAAUACGAGGCUACGCGCCGACUGGCCAAGGACAUUUGCGAAUUUUACCCCAAAUUGAUGACACUUGUUCUUGGUCAGGAUGGAGGAGAGGCGGCGAAUCUGAUCGUAGCUGCCUGCUCUGCUGGCAACAGGCCCUCGAGGAUCAAGAUCACGAUAAGUGGAGUUAACAUCGGCACAGGCUCGGUGAUUGCCCUCCACGUUGCAACCUUGAAGGAUGUGAUUAUUGUCGACAAGAACGACAGCCGGCGAUGGAUGGGGACGUUGAUUCCGCUUGUGGGCUGUCCUGGGCUCAAAAGCUGCCGGAUGAGCGAGAGCCUUGUGUUGAAUAAGAUUCUAGUCGAGGCAUGGAAGUGUCGGAAGCUGGAAAUCCUCGGGUUGGACAUUCCUGUUAGACCUGACGUUGGUCGAUACGACAGUGAUGGCAACGAGGAGGAAGAAAAGAAGGAAGAGUACUCUACCGAUUGUGUCAGCCGGGUCAUGGACAGUUGGUACCACCAUCCACGGGCCUCAUUUGCGUGGAACGGAAACGGGUCGUUUUGA